AUGCUUCAGAAAUCUAGCAGAAUCGCUCCAAACUACGCUUAUGAGAUGAACCUACUAAAACCUGCAUAUUUUAACUCUCCCACAAAGUCUUUGUUGAUAUCAAUCAAUAGACAACGACUAUUUACAACUUCGCGGUUGACUUUAAAUAAGGAAAGUGAACCCACAGAAAAGAAAGACAAAAGCAAACAGCAGGAUUUCAAUCCUAGGCAUUUGGGGGUUGCAUCAGAAGUAUUCAUUCCUUCAGCCUACAAAAAUCUUCCUAGCGUAUUUACUCAUCCCCUUAUUGUUGCGAAUGCCUUAGUCAGAAGACUUUACACUUUUGGCUUAAACUCUGUUCAAGUUGCGUUAUUUCGUUUCCAAUCGGGCAUUAAACCAUCUUUCUUACUCUGGAAAAACAAAGCUAUUGAGACGUAUGUUAAUGUAAAUACAUCAUUUGCUCGUAAAAAUCUAUCGGAAAUAAAAGGAUCUGUCUCAUUAUGGGUUCAAGAGGCCCUAGAAGCCAGAUCCCGUCAACUGCCAAGCAAUGCCACAUUAGACUGGCAAUUGAUCAAGUUCAAUGCUGUUCCGAAAUUGGUAUCCAUACAACCCAUCAUGGUCCCUGGAAUGCCCCUAGAACACUUACAAUUAAUAUAUAAACUCGAUACAAAACAAAGACUAAUCAACGUCAAUCAACAAACCAAGAAAAGCGAGAUAUUGGAUCGCGAUGUUGUGGACUAUGUUGCCUUUUUAUGUGAUGCGACGACCAAUGAUAUGAUAUUGAUGGGGUCUUUAUUUGAAAAUAAGCCGAAUGAUAAACUACCAAAGAGUCAUGAAGAUGACACGAAAGUUGCCAUACAUAGAAUGAAGGUUAAUGGAGACAUAUAUCGUUUGCCUUCCCAUUAG